AUGUCGGCAGAGAAUAUAUUCUACCUAAUAAUAGGAUCUGUGGGCGCAAUUGUUUUAGUUAUUGCUGUAUUAAUUUUUAUUUAUUAUCGUUCCAUUAAAAAAUCAACAUCUACUUCUGUUACUCAACCACUUCAAUUUUGGAUUCAAAAAUCUCAAAAUUUACCAGAAAAAACAUCAACUAAUUUACCGGUAACAUAUCCAUUAAUGUCUAAAAAUGUUAUAAAAGAUUAUAUCGAUUCAAAUGAGCCAUGUUCAUCAUUUACCCGUAACAUUGUUCCUGUAAUAAUUCAUGAAAAAUUACAAAUAAUUAAUUUGAAAAAAGCAUUUGUGGAAUUAUACGCUGAUCGAAAUUUUUUUGAGAUUCUUUCGGCAGAAGCGCUUGAAGGUACAUUUGGAGAAAUGAAAUGGGCUUUAUGGAGAAGAAAUAUUGAUGAUAUUAUUGGUGAUGUUGAUGAUGAAGAAGAUAAUGUAUGCUUUGAAGAGCGAAUAAUUUUAAAACGAUUGAAAUUUACAGCUGAUAAACGAUAUGUGAGGAAAUUUCUGGAAGAAGCAUUAGCAUUUUUUAAUGUAAAACAACACGAGAAUUUAGCAAAAGUGGUUGCAAUAGCAUCAUGCAACCGUUUUACUGAUCCGGAACAGGAAACUGAUUUUCCAUUUGUAUGUUAUUCGCAUGAUGGUUUUGGUAAUUUAAAAAAAUUUCUCAUUAGCUGUCGAAAUGGUGAAGUAAAUACACAAUUUAGAAAUCGAAAUAAUACUGGAAUACAAACGCUUCGUGCGCAAGAAAUCGUUUCGAUGGCUUUACAAAUUUUAAAUGCUGUGAUACAUUUACAUCAUUUUGGUAUUAUUCAUAAAGAUAUUGCAACAAGGAAUUGUCUUGUAUCUAAAAUUCAUAAUCGUGAUAAUCUAUUUGUACAAAUUUGUGAUUCUGCUCUAAGUAAAGAUUUCUUCCCAAAUGAUUAUCAUUGUUUGGGUGAUAAUGAAAAUAGACCAAUGAAAUGGAUGGCAUAUGAAUCAUUAGUUCAUAAUUCAUUUAAUAGUUCAACAGAUGUUUGGUCAUUUGGUGUAACAUUAUGGGAAUUGCUAACUUGUGGGCAACAACCGUAUCCGGAAAUUGAUCCGGAUGAGAUGGCUACAUAUCUGGAAUGUGGUAAACGAUUAUCACAACCAUACAGUUGUCCAGAUGAAUUAUAUGGUUUGAUGUAUUGUUGUUGGCAACUUGAUUGUCGAGAUCGUCCGACAACUGAGCAACUUUUAAUUGCUUUACAAGAAUUUAAUUUACAACUUUUGCAAUAUAUUUGA